AUGUCUAAUUCAGCUUGCAGGAUAGCCAAACCAGAAGUUGCAGUCCAUCUGGUUCACUGGCUGCCCCUCAGCCAAGACACACCGCACAGUGACUCUAUGCCUUCUACAUCCACAACCUCACCCUCACCAAUAAUCAGACCAACCCACACCCCAUCACCAACUGAAAACACUACAGACAGCCCAGUCUUACCACCUUCCUCUUCUGAUCGUUUACCCACCGAUCGUGUACCUCCAUUGUUUACUACCCAACCCACCAAUCGUUUACGCACCGACUAUUUACCCAACGAUCGUUUACCUACCGAUCAUUUACCCACCGAUCGUGUACCUUCAUCGUUUACUGCCCAACCCACCAAUCGUUUACCCACCGACUGUUUACCCAGCAAUCGUUUACCUAUCGAUCAUUUACCCACCGAUCGUGUACUUCCAUCGUUUACUGCCUUACCCAUCAAUCAUUUACCCACCAAUCGCUUACCCACCAAUUGUUUACCCAUCGAUCGUGUACACAUCGAUCGUCAACCCACUGAUCGUUUACCUUCAUCGUCUACUACCCUCUCCACGCUUGAUACUGUCCCACACCAUUUACCAGUACCCAUUCAUCCCAUGAUUACCCAAGGAAAAGCAGGCAUAUUCAAACCCAAAAUCUUGUCCUCACACACCCAAAAAGAUUGGUCCCUCACUGAACCUACAAGAGUCACUGAUGCGCUAAAAACCACUCAAUGGAACACAGCAAUGAGUGAAGAAUUUGCAGCACUGAUGAAAAACUAG